UUCAUGUCACUCCCCCAUUGCCACGUUGCUCCACACGGGCGUGAUUAUGCCCGCCUCCAUGUUAUUUAAUGCCCUACUCAGAUAGGCUCGUAGCUUGCCCACGUCCUUCAUCCUGUUUUUGAGGAAGGAAAUAAUAAUAUAUAUCCGGAGUGUUCCAUUUACAGCGACACCAUCAAACAGUUUAGCAAGACCGCAGAACCAGUGAACCGUAGAGAUCCAACUCCAUGGGAAGGUUGAGCUGGUUCCUCCCGCGUUGAUGAGAAGCUUAAAUCUAUGUCUACCACUAUGUUUAAAUUUGCUUUAAGUAAUGUUUCUUUAGCGAUGUUAGAGGAUGAUCAAAGGUCAGCCAUGGCUGGAAACCACUGAGGCUCUGAGGCAUGUUAAUUUUGUGCCGCUUGUGCUUGUUUCGCCUUGAAUACUCCUCUAGUGAUGGCAGAAGGUACUCAAGGUGAAUAGGGAUGGACGGUUUCAUCAGGAAACAGAAGAGUGCCUGAGAGCCGGAGACACUCUUCUGACCUUAGGUAAUGUUUGAAAUGAGCGGUAUUAGGCGGCAGGUUCAUUCAGAUUAUUCGAGUGUGGCCGACGAUGUUGUCUUUUCCAUUCUUACGUCAAAUAUCGUUUUCCUAGUGAUGUUAGAGGGACCCCAGAUACUGGUAGGGUGGUUGAUCAAGCGAGAAAAACAGAGAAUAGGUGACAUGAGCAGUGUUAGGCUAGAGAUGUUUAAAUUGAGCCUUAUCAUAUAAUUUUCUUCAAAAAGUUUUUCUCCGAUGGUAUCAUAAAAUUUCCAGUGAUAAAUAAGGAUAGUUGAUAUUUAGGAAGGCAUUCUUACUGGAAUCCGAAGAGAUUGGUUUAUUUGCAAACUAAAAGUGGGUUAUAGUGUUCCAUUUAGUCUGGAUGACUGAAUCUGGUUCAGAGGCUACGAGUCGGAAAUGAUUUUGGAUUAUCCUUGCAGAUGGAAGAGGUCUACAGUGUUUACCAUCGACGAUACUGGAUGGUUGAGAAUUUCUAACAUUGAAGAUUCCAAUGCAAAAGUAUUUAACUUCAUUUGACGAUGAUCUGUUAAUAUGAAAACUCGUGUCUUCUUUUGUAUUAAUGUUCUCGAAGUCUUUGAAUGUUUUGAACACAAAGUAUUUGAUCACCACGCAACUUCCGUUUAUAUAGAUUAAAGCGAAUUUUUACCUUUAAUUCUUUCUUCUCAUGCGUAAGCGAAAUAAAAAAAAAUGUUUCUUCUCCGCGCCAGUCUUCAAGCCAGGGUUGAAUGUCAUCACCAGACCGUGUGGCACUGGUAAAAAAUACAAAAUUUGAAUCAAAUACAGUUCCAGAAACUAACAGCGCAAGUUUCCUCGAGAAUGGAUCAACUUUCAUGCCCUAUGCCCAUCUGUUCCGUACCUCCCCCAUCCCCCCCAAACAGUACUGGCAGCAUCCCUCCUCCCCUGUCUCACUAUAUAUAGCAGUGGUCACCCACUUCCCGCGCCAUCAGUCAGCCAAGGACGACGCCAUGAAACCACUCCUUGUCAUCGCUGUCCUCGUUCUCGGUAAGUAUCCUCGGGCACCACGUGGACCUCGUGUAGAGGCCGCUAAGCCAUUGCUGCUUCCUUGGUUGCUACUGUGGCGGAGGCGUGAAUUCAAGCAUGGCCCUUUCGUAUGUCACCAAAUCUGUCUUUACCAACUUAGUUCUUUCUCUUCAACUUCCCAAUGCUUUUCAACGUUGAUUACUCGUACAUCGAACUUACUUCCCCUCAGCAUUUUUUUACUUAACAUAGCUAUGCUAUCUUUUCUAUUAUGUGAACAUUGAAUACAUAAAGAACGUCUGACACCAAGUAUCCAUUACAAGGAGGAGGCAGUAGACACCUGAAAUGGUAAUUACUCUUAGUAAGAUCUCAAACAUUGGACCAAUUGGUGCUGUGAACUUAUGAAUGACCCAGCUGUGAACUCAUUGAAUGUUUCCCUUUGUGUCUCACAACACAGAGGAGCAGUCACAGCCUCUAAAGACAACUCUCUUCCUUCACACAGCACUACAUGCACCUAGCACACGCACGUCUUUCACGCAAAAUUCAAAAUUCAAAUUUCUCAAUGGCGACUCCUACACCAGCCUCGGAGUCCCCGUCUGGGGAGGGAACCACAACUGUCCACAGGUCGGACUGCUCUUCUAGUAUCGACCCAGAGUGUCUUGACACCCCAUUCGACUUUUCUUGAUUAACUUUUGCAACAUUCUCGUUCUUAGAUAUAAUUUUCAAUCUCUACUAAAAUUUAUCGUCUUUUUUUUACAGAAACGCAGGUGUCUGAGGCAACUUACAGUAACCACUUCUCUGUUCCCUCCUGCUUUUUCUAUCCUCAUCUUCAGUCCAAAGUUGGAUGUUGCAACUAUGUGCACAACGGCCUAACUUGUUCUCGUGCUCACGCUCUUGAGUUUUAUUUACUACCAUGUAGCCUCGACUUCGGUGUCAUUCUCAAACUAAACUUAUCUGCGCUGUACAUUUACCUCUUUCCGAACUCUCUAACUAUAAAAAAAAUUAUUUGAUUAUAUAACUUCCAGAACGGAGCACAUCCUGACUCUCUUUCCUUUACCGUAGAUCUCCAUCCUUGCAGACUUCAAUGUUCACCACCAGCUUUGUCCUUCCGCUCCCUUCACUGAGCAACCUGCUGGUGAACUAGCCUUUAACUUUGCUAUCCUCCACGACAUACGAGUAUAACUAGUAAGAUAACGUUUCGUGCAUCUUAUACAUAUGAACAUGGAUCCGUGACAAGCUUACCACUAGAAUUACUUAUUUAUUUUCUCACGGCUAUAAUAUAAUGUUCAAUCCUCAGGGACGUGCGCGGAGCGGCCAUUGAUCACACUUUACUCAGAACCUGACCUGGGUGGCUACUACAAGUCCCUCCGCAGCAGUGUCGAAGACCUGUCCGUCCACAACUUCGACAACUCCGUCUCCAGCGUGAUCCAGAGUGGCGUAUGGAUUUACUACGAGAACUACCACUUCAACAGCGUGCCGGGGAGAGUCCUGUACAGCCACGGCAUCAGCAUCAGCAUGAACCUCCCCCCUGAUUGCCGCGGCAUCACCUCCUCAAUUAGAUUCGCUGGCAGCCCUGAUGAGGUGAACAAGAACACAAUCACGUUCUACGAUAGCUCGGCAUUCACGGGCGGCGAACUAAUGACGUCUGUAGACGUGCCCAACUUGGGUUACAUGGAAGGCAAGAUCUCUUCGCUAAUCGUCACUGGACCAACCCCGUGGACCAUCUACAGUGAAAGGAACUUUCACGGGGACAGUCUGUGUGUGGCCAGCUUCGAACAUGAUGUAGGUCCAAACGGUCAGAUCCUCGAUGUUGGUAUCUUCCCUACGGUAUCGGACAUCGGCAUUGUUGACAACAGCAUCAAAUCCGCGAGGAGCGGCUGCCAUUCAAAGAGUAAGGCCAAGGUGCCCAGCCUGAAGGCUGACAUCCGCAUGGCGAGUGGAGCCUCGGGGACCCUCAUGUAAGCGUGCAACUGACGACGCUAAACAGGAGCCGCCCACAUGUACAUUGUAUAGACACAGACAUUGUUUACAAUGCCAAUUUUAUAAGUGAGUGACAGAUCGCGUCAAAAAUUUAAUCUUUAAAGUCCAUUCAUGCUACUCAUGUGGUAAUGCAGCCUAUAUGGAUGAGUAUCAGCGGCAACUCGUUAAUAAAUAUGCAGAAAACAUCCUGCUUUGAUAAACUGAACGCCUGUCGUGUAUGUUUUCAAAACCUUUUUGGGUGUGUGCAGCUUAGCAGGGUGAGGGGCGUAUAUCCCCCUCGUGGUGUUCCCCAUCCUCACCCCCUGUCUGGGCGUGAAGAGUUCCACACCUAAUAUCUUACUUUGAUACAAAACCUUAUUCUUCAAGUCUGAUAUGUAUCAAGAUAAAGUAUUGGAAUUAUUUAAAAACUUAUAGCAUUAUUGUAGUUGAUAUUAUUGUUACCAGCAUUAAUAGAAGUGUUACAAUAAAAAAAAAAAUAAAAAACGUAGCAACAUAAUAUGCCUACCAAUAACGAAGAGGUGUGGGACGCCUUGCGCAACGCAACACCCUGUACUGCGUCAUACCCCGGUUGCUUUGUUAAACACCGAGGGUUAAAGGACAGACUUUGAAACACUACAAUUCUGCUCUCUAUAUGGGCAAAUUUGUAUGUUUGUUUGUAUUUUAUACGAUGCCUGAUUUUUCCCGCCAAGGAUCUUGUACGUGCACCUUGAGCUUUGUGUAAUUGGGACACGAAUGACCGACCCCAACCUGCACCGGUGUUGCCUUUGUAUUACACCCACGGACAUGUGUGUGUUUGUGUGAGUGUGUGUGUAAGGAAGCCGGUAUGGCAAUGUUGGGGGAGGGAAGAGGAAUAAGGAAGAGCUAUCCUGAAUAAUUGAUGUCGACCCGCGGAUCCCAUGGAAUGCUUACAAAUCACUGACGGCAACCCAGCGGCUGUUGCUCCACGCCGGUGUUGUGUCCGUGAGUGUCCGGCUAUAUGCAGGCGUCCUCCCGCGAAAACUGCGCAUGCUCAGAAGCGAUUGUAUACAAAGACUUGAUAAACAAAGCUAUCCGUAGGCGUCCAAGUGACUGAAGAUUUAUGGGGAGAUUGGCCCAAUUUAGGGAUGAAGGAAGGAAAUCUUACAUCAAGAACUCAGUUAUCUUAGGAGGAGAAAAAGGGGAAAUUGUUCCAAGAUAAAGAAAAUUUAUUUAGUGAAGAACGAAUAAUUUCUUUGUGGCCUUGUCUGAGAAAGGCAUGUUUAUAAUGUACCAAGAGAAUAUCUUACAACAGUAAUUACUACAAACUAACUCUUAAUAUAUAACAAAAAUGGUAGUUUUGCAGUAAGAGCUUUCCUAUGAUAAUCAAACUAAGUGAACAAACCUAUAUCAUUGUGUAAUGUAAUUCUGAUCGCUGA